UAGCAGGGUGGCAACUCCAUCGCAACCAGCUGUUUUUCUACAAAUGUUAUUAUUCGCACACAAAUUUGCGAUUUAGCGGCGGUAGAUAACGAUUUUACCAGCAGAUAAGCUCAAAGUUGACCUUCAAUAAUGAAGUUCCUGCAAACCGUUCGCAAGAUGAGCCAAGAAGUCUCUGAGCUGCAGCUUUCGGCACUUCGGCUAAAGUACCAUGAACGCAAGGACGCUUUCCUGGAGGAGAAUAUCAAGGUGAAAAACCCGUUUUGCGUGUUCCGCGAUUGGCUGGAGCUGGCCCUAAAAACACCUGAGAUUCUGGAGCCCAAUGCCGCCGCCUUGGCCACCGUCAGUGCCGAGGGAAAGCCGUCCAAUCGAUAUGUCCUGGUCAAAGAAGCCACCACAGAGGGAUUCACGUUUUUUACCAACUACAGCAGUCGCAAGGCGGACGAGAUCAAGUCCAAUCCCAAUGUAGCCAUAUCCUUCUACUGGCUUCCUCUGCGGCGGAGUGUCCGCAUCGAGGGCGUGGCCGAGAAGAUUCCGCGGGAGGAUUCCCUCAAGUACUUCCACCAGCGGCCCAGGGCCAGUCAAAUCGGAGCCGCUGCCAGUCCGCAAAGCCAGCGGAUCCCAUCGCGAAACUACUUGGACGAGGUGGAGGCGGGAAUCAAGGAGAAACUGGGUCCCGAUGGAGAGGUUCCACUGCCCAACUGGGGCGGUUACCUGGUGCGCCCCAACCUCAUUGAAUUCUGGCAGGGCCAGACCGAUCGCCUUCACGAUCGUAUCCGCUUCAGACGAGGUGCAAGCGUGGAAUCCGAUGUCGACGGAGAACUGGUCCACAAGGGAGAGGAUGGUUGGGUGUACGAGAGAUUGGCACCCUAAGCAUGAGAAUGUGGAAAACAACAACAUAUGUAUGCAUUCGCAAUGUCUUCCAAAUUUUGUUUAGAUAUGCUGGAAGUUUUCCAAAUGUUAAUGAUCUUUUAGGAAUAAAGGC